AUGGAUGACCAUUUUCCAGGUGUGUAUAAGGAGCUUUUCACGCGUGACUUUGAGCGUCUGCAUCGCAAGAUCACAAAGGAAGCAUGUGACCAACUAGAUGGCAAAGGGUAUGUAGUAAUUGACAACUGUUUCGGUCAUAAUUGGGCUAGUGCUUUGCUUGAGGAGAUGCAAUGGUUGAAUGAGAAGCAGUAUUUCAAGCCAAACAAGACGCAGUUUACGUUGACUCAAAAGGGUUUGGAUGCUAAACCUCAAGCUUUCUACUUCGUUAAGCCCCAUAUUUUUGAGAUAGAUUUGCAUGAUGCCUCCUUACGGACAAAAGUUCCAGAGCUCGACGCGUUAUUCCAUUCGAUAGAGCUGGUACAGGUCUUGACGACUCAUUUGCCGCAAUACGAGCUACAGUUUGGAACGUCGAAUCGGACGUUGAAGCUGCAACACAAUGUCGGACAAGGAGGCUGUUUUCCAUGCCACUAUGAUAACCCUGGAGCUCCAAACAAACGCAAAGUUACAUGUUUGUUGUAUUUGAAUGAAAGCUGGAAACAAGGCGAUGGAGGUGAGGUGCAGCUUUUCCCCUUCUUACAGCCAACGGUAACAAUAGCUCCGAAAAUGGACCGAGUGGUUCUCUUUCAAAGUGACUGCAUGCUUCAUCGCGUGCUACCGUCUCAUUCGAAGCGGUAUGUGCUUACUAUUUGGCUAGACGGUGUCAAGGUGAAUGCACCGGAAGAUACGCAGCUUCGUUUGAGUCCAAGCGAUAUGGCCGAUUGGUUCGGUUUUUUGAAAAGAAUGCAGCGAUCUCCAGUGCAGCGGUUGUUGUCACGAGGUGUGUACGAAGAGGAAUACUACGAGUCGUUGAUGGAAUGUAUGCAGAACACGGCAACUGAAGGAUGCGUAGAGCUGCUCAAGUCGCAUGAGACCCAUUUGGAAAAUGUCAAGCGCAAUGUUCCGCUGCAUAAUUUUAUCAAACGAUUACGUGACGUCCGAGCAAUGAAUAGUGAGGAACCUGUGUACGUGGGCUGA